CUGUAUCGCCAAUGAUCGGCCCUAUGUCACCGUCAAGCGUUCCAGCUCUACCUCCACUGUCGCCUGUUAUCAUACCUCCGCUUCCCUCGGAUGACGCCGACGUCGAGAGUAUUCACCUCCCGGUAGCCAUAGACCCUUCUUCGUCGCCCCUUGUACGUGUCUUGGUCCAUGGAGCUUGUUAUCGUUCACGAGCUCACCCUUACAGGUUCAGACCAAAUAUGAAAUUUCUCCCUUCAUGAUACCAGAAAUGUCGAUCACAUGUGGCGCCGAGUUGGAUACUAUCACCGCCGUCAUAUCAGCACCCUCAUCUCCGAGUCCCGACAGUGGCUUAUUCGACAAGGACCAACAGCUAGACCCUUCACCACUAGCCUUAUCUGUUGCAACCGAUGCCGAUGUGAAUACUAAUAUUCAAGAUUCUGCCGUGCCCAAGGAGGAUUUGUCGGACGAUGUUGCCAGAGAGCAGGUUGUCAUAAUUAGUGACGUUCCGAUGAAGCAGGAGGUUCCAGAGAUAGAUCAGAUGGUCGAGGUCACGUUGAAGGAGAAGAAUGGAGCUGACGAUAUCGCGGCAGUAACGAUGGGGCACGAGAAGCGCAAAAAGGGUCAAGAUGAUGGUCCGAAGAAGAAAAAGGCUCGGUUGGGUAGCCAUUCGACGUCUUCAGGUGCUGUCGGAGACGACGAAAAUACUAGGUCCGCCUCAAAAUCCAAAUCGAAGAUCAAGACCAAAGCAAGGAAGCCGCGAAAGCAACCCCAGUCCCAGCCUCCUCAACAUCGACGUCGACAGCCAUCGUAUACAUCCUCGGACGAAGAGGACGAAGAGCCGGUAGAACGGCAGCCACCACCCCCACCACCCUUGAACCUCUCGGUCGAGGACGCCGAGCUAUGCGGUAUGAUCAUCGAAAUCAUGGCCACAUCCCGGGCUUCUUCGCAUCGAGCCUCUUCCAUCUACAAAGCUGUUGUACAGAACCGCCCUGCACUCAAAUCGCAACGAGAAGAUCCGGAGUGGAUCGCGGCCAUCGGGAGGAUACUGGAAGGGGCACAUCGUGUGAAUGGGAUGUUUGGUAAGGUGGAAAGCAGUGGCGUGGAUGAUUCAAAUCGUCCCCUGGAAGCACAGUGGUUCUAUGUGCCGGAGCGGGAUGAAGACCAGGAACGCGCGUCAUUAAUGAGAGCAAUGAUGCCUCGGCCGGCAAAAAGGUCUGAAACGAAGAAGUAUAAACAGUAUUACUACCGCCCUCUGGACAAGAUUUCGCGUUGGGAUUCUGAAGACGCUCUCUAGACAUUCUUGCUUCUUUUAAUUGCACUUUUUGACGCUACUAUCAUUAUUCUAGUCUUCGUUCUGCGUUCCAGCUUGUAGCACUAUAAUUUUUUUCUCUAUUUUCGGUUUUUUGUUCCUCCUUGCAACUGCAUUUUUUUAGUGUAUUGAGAGAGCAUGACGAUCGCAGUUCUUU